UGCGAACACCGAGGAAAUCCACCCUAAAACUUGUUUACUCUCACUCCGGGUGUGUUCACCUUUAAAUGCCCGCUGAGAGGAGAGAGAUCACCAGACAUCGGAGGAGACGCUCGGCCUCAACACCUCACAUCCACGGGGCCAAAAUGGACUGAUAACGCGUCACCGUGUGGGGCGAUGUUCAGAUUUGUUCGCCAUGGAAACGGACAUGACACCAAAAUUCUCCUCAAAAGACGAGGAAAUUGACUUCUGGAAGGCUCUUUCUCUGAAGUACAAGGAAAGCUGCCAGGAGGCUCGGGAGGAGCUGCUGGAGUUCCAGGAGGGGAGCAGGGAGCUGGAGGCCGAGCUGGAGGCGCAGCUGAGCCAGGCGGAGUACCGCAUGAAGGACCUGCAGUCGGAGAACGGCCGUCUGAGGAACGAGGUGGAGACGCUGAAGGAGAGGUUUGAGCAUCAGUACGCUCAGAGCUACAAGCAGAUCUCCGUGCUGGAGGACGACCUCGGGCAAACGCGCAGCAUCCGGGAGCAGCUGCACAAAUACGUGCGGGAGCUGGAGCAGUCCAACGACGACCUGGAGAGAGUCAAGAGAGCGACCAUCGUGUCUCUGGAGAACUUGGAGCAGCGUCUGAACCAGGCGAUCGAGAGGAACGCCUUCCUGGAGAGCGAGCUGGAUGAGAAGGAGUCGCUUCUGGAGUCUGUGCAAAGAUCAAAGGAUGAAGCCAGAGACUUGCGGCAGGAGCUGGCCGUGCGCGAGAGGCAGUCGGACGUGACGAGGAUGUCGGCUCCCAGUUCGCCCACAGAGGAGAACGAGAAGAUGGACACGGCGGUCCAAGCCUCCGUCUCGCUGCCGGCGACCCCGCUGAGCCAAAGUCUGGACAACGCCUUCGCCAACCCGACAGUUCUGUCGAACGGCUUCGGCAGCAACUCUCCGCUGACUCCGUCCGCCAGAAUAUCGGCGCUCAACAUCGUCAGCGAUUUGCUCCGGAAAGUCGGGGCUCUGGAGUCGAAGCUCGCCGCUUGCAGGAACUUCGCCAAGGACCAGAAAGCCCGGAAGGCGUUCGCCCUCGACAACAGCAACGCGCUCAACGCCAACACGACCGGCUACUCGCAGUCGCUCCACACGGCGUACUACGACAAAGCCCGCACCGUGAACGGGCUGACGGCCAUCACCGCGCCGCCCGCCUCCUCCCCGGGCUUCGGGCCGCUCGCCGUGUGACUGCGGAGCCCCGCCUCCCCCAGGGGGCCCCGCCCUCCCCCAGGGGGCCCCGCCCUCCCCCAGGGGGCCCCGCCUCCCCCAGGGGGCCCCGCCUCCCUCAGGGGGCCCCGCCUCCCCCAGGGGGCCCCGCCCCUCGUCUGUACAUCUCACCUGUUUCUGCUGUUUGCUCACCGGCUUCCACUCAAAGACAUAUUUUAAAAGAUUCCUCCAGGAGCUCAACCCUGAUUCGUGAAACGUGUGCACCAUAUACUACAAUUUUAAAUAUUAUGCAAUUAAAAUGUUUUUUUGUUGUUGUUUUGUUUCCACGACUUUAAACGAGCAAUAACUUCAGUUGAGGCCACAGUUAAAAUAACCGGUUUAAUGUGUGUUCCUGGGUCAACGUGCGCCACGUGGAUCAAUUAUGGAUGUUUUUCAAAAUGUCCGACGUGCGUCAGAGGUUUGAAUGUUUUAAAAUGUUAUUUAAGCCUCUGAUCUUUAUUGCAUUUGGUUUUCAGAGCUUUGAAGAAGGGAAGAGAGUCUUUGCGUCUUCGCCGUGAGUCAAACACCCUCUGAGCUGCGUGACGACGUGCACAUUAUUGGUCAUAUUGAUCGUCAUCGAUAAGACGACCUGCUGCUUGUGGGCGUGUCCCAGACCAGCUGGUCUUCUGUCGUCAGAAAUGUUUUAUCUUUAUUUGAAAAGCUUUUUGAUUUUAUGACGCAACACUUUUCACACAAGUCGACUCACUUUAUUUUAUUUUAUUUAAUUAAUGUGCAAUAUUGCCUGUUUUUGUUAUAUUUUGUGGGUUUUAAUGUAUUUCAGAUUUCUAUUAUUGGCAUGUUUUAAAAUAAAAUGUGUGAUUAAACUCCA